AUGAUGCCUGUCGCCCUUGCCAUGGUCAUGGUUGUUGUUGCAGCGAGCAGCAUCAUGCCGGCCCAGCUGGUGGCUGCGGGUGGCAAGCGCACUUACGACUUUCAGAGAGAUCUCACGCCACACAACUUGGAAAAACUGGUGUGUGGAGGAAGUGGUGGAGGGAGCGAGUGGCAGCGUGGAGGCGGCGUGGAUGAAUGUCCCCUUGUUCCCGGCCAUACUCGACCUCCGCCACAGUUGCUGAAACAUAUUCGAUGGUUGCACGCCCCAAAGACUGGAACAAGCUUUGGAACAUGCCUCAUCCAUUACGCCUGUCCCCUUCUGCCAGGCAGCAUCUACCCACACAAAUUCACGCUGGAAGAAGCGCAAAACAGCAGCUCUGGUGCGAGUCCCUCGGAGCUCAUGCGGUUCUUCCUUGAGCGCUACAAAACAAAGGAGUACUGCCCCGGCGACGUGCAUCUCAGGAAGAUGUGGGGACACAAGACGCUCAAGGAAACAGAAAUCAAGCAGGGCGGCAUUGUCGGCAUGUUCCGGGACCCGCGCAUCCGGGAUUACAGUGAGUACCGUGUCCAUGGGCACAUUGGCACAAGCCGCCACCCUCGGAACAUUUCCACAUAUGUCAGCAUGUACCGAGGCUGCCAGACGAAGAUGUUGCUGUGCAAGCCAUGCAAUCGCCCAAAGGACCCCGAGUUUUGGUUCUACAACACGACCAAGCAGGAGUUGGAGACAGCCAUCAGAUUACUCCGCAGUGAGAAGAUUUCGUUUGUCGGUCUCACAGACUACUGGCGAGAAAGCAUAUGCCUGUUCCACGCCAUGUUUGGGGGCAACAUCACCGAGCAUGAGUUUACCAACACGCGUCCGGGCGUCUCCAACACUGCCGAGGACAUUCACGCCACCAUGAACCACCCUGGCUUGGAGCACAUCAGCGCUGCGGACGACCCAGCUGAUUGGGAGAUCUUCAAGGUUGCCAAGGAAAUCUUUGUGACACGCUUGGUGCAGUAUGGCAUCGAGGUGCCGGCUUCCUUGAAACGGUCCAUGUCCUUAAAUGACCAGCCCGUGCAGCGCUACUUUCCCGACAGCAACGGCGACAGCAUCGACGAUGAUGACGCCGCGCAAGGCAACGAUGACGAUGAUGCGGCAGAUGACGACGACCAGGCUUGA